GUGAACGAGCACGUAUGACGCACCCGUUCACGUACGACCUUGUUUUUGUUGAUGUUUAAUUUGAGUGCGGCUGCGCACUGCCCAAUGCUUUUGCCGUUGCUGCAGACGCGUCUUGGCAGGGAAAAACGAACCUCUUACCUCUUAAUAUUACCAGGGGAGUGUGUCAAAAUUGUAUUGUUUUCACAGCUUAACUGUCGUAUUAUUUAGGAGGUGGGGGAGACAGCUAACUUUAUCUUAGCCUGCGACUGACCAACAUCACCCGUAUGUGAUCGCCCUUCCUCAUCGUCGGACGCUGCCAGCGAAGGCCAAGGAACUGAAUAGCAUAUCGUCAUUAUAUGAUCCAGUGUCCAGAGUCACUUUUACCCUCCAUGUGGGUGAGGGAAUUGUGUGUGUCAGAUUAUGGCGAGAAAAACAGUUAGCAGGAAAAGGAAGACAGGAGAGCCCAAGGACCAACAACAGCUGAGCUGGUGUCAGGCACCUCACAAGCGGAGCCGCGUUUCUUGCUCAUCACGACAUGCCCAUCCGUGGUGGUGCAGUCGGCGCUCUGUGGUAUGUGCCCUCCGGGGGCGGGAGUUCAGACCCCAGCAGCAGCAUGAGCUGCGGCUCCAGAGGAGCCUGCGUGGCUUUGCAGCUGGCAGGCUCCCAGGGAUUCUCAAAGAAAGGGAGUUUUCUCUGGGACGGCUCAACAAGGUGUUUGCUUCACAGUGGCUCAACCACCGACAGGUGGUGUGUGGGACAAAAUGCAACACGCUUUUCGUCGUUGAUGUCCUGACAGGACAAAUAACUCGCAUUCCAAUGUUGAAGGAUAGGGAGUGUCAGGAUGGAAGUUCUGGGUUGGUAGGUGGAGUGGGAGCUGGGCGACAUUACCACCCGACAGGAGGUUCUCGUGCUCGGCUGGACCAGCAGGGGUGUGGGAUCCAUGCAAUUGAACUCAAUCCAUCAAGAACACUACUUGCCACUGGAGGCGACAACCCCAACAGCCUGGCCAUCUACCAACUGCCCACACUGGACCCUGUGUGUGUUGGAGAUGAUGGCCACAAUGACUGGAUUUUCUCCAUUGCGUGGAUCAGUGACAACAUGGCAGUUUCUGGGUCCAGGGACGGCUCCAUGGGUCUGUGGGAGGUUACAGAUGAGGUAAUGAGCCAGGCUCAGAUGACCCAGAGUGAAGAGACGGUACCUUCUUAUGCUCACAUCUCCCACCGUGCGCUCAAGGAUAUCCCAAAAGAGUACACCAACCCAUACAACUGUAAAGUCCGUGCUCUGGCCUUCAACAACAGCCAUAAAGAACUGGGUGCUGUGUCCUUGGAUGGCUAUUUUCACCUCUGGAAAGCAGAGCAUAACUUGUGCAAGAUACUGUCCACCAAGCUGCCUCACUGCAAAGAGAAUGUGUGUUUAGCAUAUGGACAGGACUGGUCAGUGUAUGCUGUGGGUUCUCAAGCCCAUGUUUCCUUCCUUGAUCCACGCCAGCCAACACACAGCAUCAAGUCUGUUAAUUCCAGAGAAAGAGGAAGCGGGAUCCGCUCGGUGAGUUUCUAUGAGCACAUCGUGACAGUAGGAACCGGCCAGGGUUCUCUCCUCUUCUACGACAUCAGGGCCCAAAGAUUCCUUGAGAACCCUUUCAACCCAGCCGGUGGGUAUCGGAAGUGUCCUGCAGAUGGUAUCCUCAAGCUCACUACAGGGAAAGGCUGGCUGAAUCACGAUGAGACGUGGAGGAGUUACUUCUCAGACAUUAAUUCCUUCCCCAACGCCGUGUACACACAUUGCUAUGACGACUCCGGCACCAAACUGUUCGUAGCUGGUGGACCUCUCUGCUCCGGGCUCCACGGGAACUACGCAGGACUAGUUUUGUAUAUACUGUAUAUGAUGAGCUCGCUGGGCAGCGACAAGGCCCGGGGCCCUCGGGAAAAAGUACUGCCAGCUGCCACUCACACAUCACAGCCACAGAAACAGAUACAGGUGAGCCACUGCAACCGCAUGGCUACUGCUGAACAGAUUCGGCUUGCCCAGAUGAUCUAUGACAAGAAUGAUGCUGAUUUUGAGGACAAAGUCAACCAGCUGAUGGAGGUGACAGGGAAGAACCAAGAUGAGUGCAUGGUAGCUCUUCAUGACUGCAAUGAAGAUGUUAGCAGAGCCAUCAAUUUCCUCCUGGAGAGUACCUCGGAUAUGACCUCAUGGGAAACGGUGGGUAAGAAGAAGCCCCUGGUGAAAGAGGCUCCUUCAGAAAGCAAGGAGAAUAAGGAGAAUAGGGAGAAGAAAGGCGAGAGGGAGGCCAGCAAAGGUCGCACCACUGCCAGCCGCAAAAGCAAGGGGGCCAGCCGAAACCGACAGGCUCGACCUGAGGAGAACGGCGUGGAGGUGACACCGGUGGAGAAAGGUUCUGAUCGAGGUCGGAGGGUUAAAGGUAGCAGAGGAUCUGGAGUUCGAGGCCGCGGUAAAGCCCCUCCAGGGAGCAGGUUCUCAGCCCAGGGCAUGGGGACUUUCAACCCUGCGGACUAUACCUCAGAGGCUGGAACUGGGACCACACAAACGGAAGUUUGGGACACAACGACCAACAACAGCACUGAUGGGACGGUUGCUUGGAGGAGCACUUUGGAGGACUGGGCAGCUGAGGACUGGAAUGAGGAUGUCAGUCUUUCAGAGACCAAAGUUUUCACCCCUUCAUGUGCACCUGCUGCUGAGAACCAUAUCACACCUGGGCAAAGUCUGGACCUCGCUUCUUUGCUGCAAAAACCUGCGGUCGGAGGAAGAGAGCCACCUUCCUCCUCUUCCUCUCAGAGUCUGGUCUUUACCAACUCCCACCAUCACCAGCAGCUUCCUCCCAGCCGCAACACCAGCAGCAGCACCAGCUACGCUCAUGCUGCUCUGUCGUCGGUUCUGGGAGCUGGUUUUGGGGACUUGGGCCAGGCAAAGAGGACUCAGCCUAGUGCUGGAGCUCAGAUACUGGAACAGCUCAAGGGUCCAGGCUUGGGUCAGCUGCCGUCAUCUCAGGCAGCCCCUCCUGUCAGCACCCAAGGAAGCAACCCCUCCAUUGGUCGGCUGCCUGGUCUGGGAGGACCUGUGCCACCGCCCCCCUCUAGUUGGGACAUGAAAGUUUCAGAGUCCAACACCACUUCGCUGUCUUCGCAGUUCAGCCGUGAGUUUGGACUGCAGCCAGAACCUUCACUUGUGCUGAGCCAGCUGGUUCAAAGGCACCCAGGCCCCUCCUUGCCCCUGGCUCGCCAGCCCAGCCCUUCAUCGCAACAAGUACCCGCCGUAUCAGCCUCGCCUGCUUCCCAACAAACCAGCACGCCAGCACAGGCUGGCCCGGUGAUGGCUGCUGGUGGCGUUAAACCUCCUGCCCCUAGUGCAGGGCUCGACCCUCAGGGAAGCAGUACGCCACAGCAACAACGGGCGCAGCUCAAAGGCCCAAAACGAAGGAUACCUCCCACAUCAAAGAUCCCCUCCACUGCAGUGGAGAUGCCAGGCUCAGCUGACGUCCCCGGGCUAAACCUCCAGUUUGGAGCGCUAGACUUCGGCUCUGAGUCAGCAUUGCCAGACUUUGGAGUUGUGGACAAUGGUGUGAGUGCGGCGUCCAGGGAGUCCACACCGGCACCUGGCCCAGCACUGCCUGCAUCAGGACCAGGGACUCAGAGUCAGACAAACCUGUUCUCAAAACCGCUCAGUGAGCCACUGGGCAGCCCUCUCUCGGUUGCCCUGCCUUCACCCCUCUCCUCAUCAGAGCCAGCAUAUCACUCCACCUCCGUGGCGCUGUCAACACCAUCAUUGGGGACAGUAAGCUCCACCAAUCACCCAUCCUCUUCCGCAACCUCAACCACCUCCUCCUCUCCCUUCUCGUCGGUGGGGGGAAGUUACGACGUGACAAUGCCCCCUCACUCACGCCUGGCCUUUCCUCAGAGUAAAGAAGCCAGCGGGACAGUCAUGAACGGUCUAAAUGGUGUAAGGACUUCCACUGCUCUAGACACUUCAUCUGCUUCCUCCACAUCGAAGCCAGAGCCAUCAUCGAUGAACAUCAAUACCAACGGACCGUCAGCCGCCUCCUCUCACUUACCCUCGUCCCUCACAGCACACAGCUCCACCGCCCUCUCCAGCCUGACACAGGACCUUCCCUCCGUCAGUCAGCUCAGCUCCCUCAACAGCAGUCAUUCCUCCGUUUCCGCUCUGGGAUCCAGCUCUCUCACUUACACCAGUGUUGAUAGCAGCAAUGUGAGCUCCCUGGCUCCUUCUUCUGGCUCUUACGCUUCAUCGCAGCCCACGGCAUCCUCACUCCACUCAGCCCACAACAGCAGUAACAGUAGCAGCAGCAUCAGCCACCUGGCCAACAUGCCCAGCAUGGGCAGCAACAUGGUCAGCAACAUGGUCAACAGCAUGGGCAACAACAUGGGCAACAACAUGGUCAACAGCAUGGUCAACAACAUGGGCAACAACAUGGGCAACAGCAUGGGCAACAACAUGGGCAACAACAUGGGCAGCAACAUGGGCAACAGCAUAGGCAACAGUAUGGGCAACAGUAUGGGCAACAACAUGGGCAACAGCUUAGGCAACAGCAUGGGGAACAGCAUAGGCAACAGCCUGAGCAGCACAGUCGGUGCUAUUACCGGCACGGGUGGACUCCACUCUGCUGCUGCCAUCGCCACCAGCACAAUGCUGGGACUCGGCUCCAAUGGAGCUACUGCCACAUCCAACCUCUCUGCACCAAGGACCACUUCCCUGCUCUCCUCCACUGGUAAAGCUCCUCCAAACUUGUCCCAGGGAGUGCCUCCUCUACUGCCCAGCCAGUAUAUUAUGGGCCCCGGGGGGCUGUUACCUGCUUACCCUCAGAUUUACGGCUAUGAAGACCUCCAUAUGCUCCAGUCCAGACUGCCAAUGCCCUCGUUGCAGGACUACUAUGGAAUCACAUUCCCUGGCCCCACAGCAACUCUCUCUGGCAGAGAUGGGAGCCUCGCCAACAAUCCGUACUCAGGUGAAGUCACAAAGUUUGGCAGAAAUGACUCCACCUCCCCGGCACCCCCUACCAGCUUGGCUGCCCCACAACCUCCCCAGGCCCAAAGCCAAGGACAGACCCAGAGCCAGCCUCAGCCCCCCCAGGCCCAGCCUCAGCCCCAGGGCCAGCCGCAGCACCACAGCGGUCAGCAGGCCUUUCUGCCUCCAGGCUACAGUUACACAGGCCUGCCUUACUACCCCGGAGUGCCCGGCGCAGUACCCAGUGCUGCGGCCUUCCAGUACGGCCCCACCAUGUUUGUUCCACCCGGAGGCCCUGGACCAGCUUCGGCCAAACAACACAGCAUGGGCCUGGGCCUGGGGAACCCCUCGGCCAGCCCUUUCCAGCAGCAGGCGCAGCAGCAGCCCAGCGGCUACGGCCAGCACACCUUCGGCUCAGGGUAUGAGGAGCUGACAGCAGGGCCAGCGGGAGUAGAGUAUAGUAAAGGGUACAACCCCUCAUCACAGGCACAAGCUAAGUCUGCUGCUGCUGGGCCUGGGAAGGGUGUCUCAGUAACAUCCAGUAACUCCGGUGUGCCAGACAUCAGUGGAAGUGUUUACAAUAAGACCCAGUCUUUUGAUAAGCAGGGUUUCCAUGCAGGGACCCCCCCUCCCUUCAGUCUGCCAUCAGCGCUGGGGGGUCCGGGGCCCCUGAACCCCGGAGCAGCUCCUGGAGGCUAUGCACCUGCCCAAUUCCUCCACAUCCUGCCUCACCAGCAACCACAUUCACAGCUGCUGCAUCACCAUCUCGCUCAGGAUGGACAGGGCGGCCCCAGCCAGCGGGGCCAGUCCAGCAGCCUGCAGCAGAAGAGCCAAGUCAACAAGUCCAGCUAUGGCAGCUCCCCCUACUGGGCCAACUGA